GUGGAAAACCCUAGGAGUCGGUAACCCUAGGUCAUAGGGGAUGAUAACCCUAGGCGGAAAGUCUUGGUCAGGCGCUUCGGGUAAAAUCCUAGAGUCAGGGACUUUAGGUUGAAAUCCUGGUGAUCGCGGACCGGGUGGAAGUUUGGACAGGUCAUGGAGCGGACGUCCAGUAUGAAGACCGGAAGCCUCGGGCACUGAGCAAAAGUCAGUCAGUCUGGAGGACCGGUCUGGUAACAGGUAGCUUCUCUUGAGAGAAGUAGGUGAGGGUGCAUUCCCCCGUGAGGGAACAUUAAGCGUCGGUUCGCCGAUGGCGAAAUCCGAAGUCAGAAUUAGAUAGUUCGGAAACUGUCAAAAUAAUUUAUUAUUUCAUAUUUUAUUGUGCUAACUAUAUUUUGCAGGAUAUGUUUUGUAUUUUGGACUAAUGCAUCUUACAGGAAGAGAAAAGGACUUAAAAUGAAUAGUUCCCAAGGCGCUCUCUAUGGAGCUUGGAGGUGCCUCAGGUACCUUAGUCGAAAGCCUCGCGCAACAAGGUGCGAAGGUGCCUUCUAAGGAGAUGGAAAGUGCCUUGAAUGCUGGAUGGAGGGUGCCCUCCAUGGAGCUUGGAGACGCCUUCGGGUGGAUAAGCGGCACAAGCAGCGGAGGUUAUCGGCACCGCGGAAAUAGGGAUAGAACCUUGGCUGAAGGCACCUCCUAUGGAGGUUGGAGGCGCCCUCAAUGACUUACUUAAGCCUAGUUCGAGCAGAGGCAAAUAAACAAUUAAAGCUUGCAAUCUUUCUUUCGUGUGCUGCUAACAAAAUAAUCUGGCAAAAUCAUAACACUACUCUGACGACCAGAAGCUCUCAAUUUCAAACAUCAUUGUUAUCGGUAUAAUAUUUGGUAGCACUUUAAUUCUUGUACUCUAUUUGUAAUAUUUCAGACUAAUAGUGAAUUGUCCAAAAUAAACACUCAACGAGUGUGGGCUUUGGAGUAGGAGUCGUCACAGACUCCGAACCAAGUAAACCUACUUGUGUCAUUGUUUUCUUUAAUUGUUCUUAUUCCGCUACAUUUACUCGAUUAUUUUAAAACGAACAAAUUAGUCAUGAGUGCUAUUCACCUCCCCCCUAUAACGCUUUUCGAUCCUACAAAUGCUUCAACCAAUGCUGAAUCUGAAGCCCAGACUGAGAAGAGCAAGAAACAUAAGGAUAAUUUCUAUGGGCUUGGUGCUGCAAAAAGGAAGAGGAACAAUGAGGAUACGGUAAUAGAUCAAUCACAAGUAGCUUCACAUGCAGCUGGGGAAAUGGAAGAGAGGGUAAAAUGGAAUUUGAACAGAGUGCUGAGCCAAGUAGUCCAUCUGUGGCGACUGAGAAGCCUAGAGGGAAGCAAACAAAAGACAGCAUCGACAUCAGAGCACGGCGUGGCCAGGCAACAAACAGCCACAGUGUUGCAGAAAGAGUAAGAAGAGAGAAGAUCAAUGAGAGGAUGAAGCUUCUGCAAGAUCUUGUUCCUGGCUGCAGCAAG